AUGACCGUGGGCUCCGGCGUGCUCCUCGUGCUGCUCUCGCUCUCCGGCGCGCUCCGGGCCCACAAUGGAGAUCUUACAGCCAGGGAGACCUGCAAAGCUGGAUUCUCUGAAGAAGAUUACACGGCAUUAAUCUCCCAGAAUAUUCUGGAAGGAGAGAAGGUCCUCAAAGUCAAGUUCAGCAGCUGCCUGGGGACCAAAGGGACACACUAUGAGACCGACAGCAUGGACUUCAAAGUCGGGGCUGACGGGACGGUCUUCGCCACCCGGGAGCUGCAGAUCCCCUCCGAGCAGGUGGCCUUCACCGUGACCGUGUGGGACCGCCAGACGGCCGAGCGCUGGGACGCCGCGGUACGGCUGCUGGUGGCCCAGACCUCACCUGCGCGCUCCGGACACAAGGAGACGUCUGUCCAGGUGCAAGCCCUGCAGCAGAGGGUCCCGGGUCCCAGGUCCCUGCCUGCCUCGCAGUGGGACGCGUCACCUACAUUCCCGUCACCAGGAGAGAAAGGAAAGAAGAGUGCAGCCCUGGACCCUGUCCAGCCGCCAAAUGACACGCUGUUGCCGUGGCCGCAGCAUCAGAGCUCCAAUGGACUGAGGCGGCAGAAACGGGACUGGGUCAUCCCGCCCAUCAACGUGCCAGAAAACUCCCGCGGGCCCUUCCCGCAGCAGCUGGUGAGGAUCCGGUCUGACAAAGACAGCGACAUCCCCAUCCGGUACAGCAUCACGGGCGUGGGCGCCGACCAGCCCCCGGUGGAGGUCUUCAGCAUCGACUCCAUGUCUGGCCGGAUGUAUGUCACACGGCCCAUGGACCGGGAGGAGCGAGCCUCCUACCACCUCCGAGCCCACGCCGUGGACAUGAAUGGCAACAAGGUGGAGAACCCCAUCGACCUGUACAUCUACGUAAUUGACAUGAACGACAACCGCCCCGAGUUCCUCAGCCAGCUGUACAACGGCUCCGUGGACGAAGGCUCCAAGCCAGGCACCUACGUGAUGACGGUCACAGCCAGCGACGCUGACGACGGCACCACGGCCAACGGGAUGGUGCGCUACCGGAUCGUGACCCAGACCCCGCAGAGCCCCUCCCAGAACAUGUUCACCAUCAACAGCGAGACAGGGGACAUCGUGACGGUGGCGGCCGGCCUGGACCGAGAGAAAGUUCAGCAGUACACAGUCAUUGUCCAAGCCACAGACAUGGAAGGAAACCUGAACUAUGGCCUCUCCAACACAGCCACAGCCAUCAUCACGGUGACGGACGUGAACGACAACCCGCCAGAGUUCACUGCCAGCACGUACGCAGGCGAAGUCCCCGAAAACCGGGUGGAGACGGUGGUCGCAAACCUCACUGUGAUGGACCGAGACCAGCCCCACUCCCCGAACUGGAACGCCGUCUACCGCAUCAUCAGCGGGGACCCCUCGGGCCACUUCAUUGUCCGCACGGACCCCGUCACCAACGAGGGCAUGGUCACCGUGGUGAAGGCAGUCGACUAUGAGCUGAACAGAGCGUUCAUGCUGACCGUGAUGGUGUCCAACCAGGCGCCCCUGGCCAGCGGGAUCCAGAUGUCCUUCCAGUCGACGGCGGGGGUGACCAUCUCAGUCAUGGACAUCAAUGAGGCCCCCUACUUCCCCUCGAACCACAAGCUGAUCCGCCUGGAGGAGGGCGUGCCCACCGGCACCGUGCUAACCACGUUUUCGGCAGUGGACCCCGACCGGUUCAUGCAGCAGGCCGUGAGAUACUCAAAGCUGUCGGACCCAGCGAACUGGCUGCACAUUAAUGCCACCAACGGCCAGAUCAGCACGGCGGCCAUCCUCGACCGCGAGUCUCUCUACAUCAAAAACAACGUCUAUGAGGCCACCUUCCUGGCAGCUGACAACGGGAUCCCUCCGGCCAGCGGCACCGGGACCCUCCAAAUCUAUCUCAUUGACAUCAACGACAACGCCCCUGAGCUGCUGCCCAAGGAGGCGCAGAUCUGCGAGAAGCCCAGCCUGGACACCAUCAACAUCACAGCGGCCGACGCGGACGUCGACCCCAACAUCGGCCCCUACGUCUUCGAGCUGCCCUUCGUUCCAGCGAGCGUGCGGAAGAACUGGACCAUCACCCGCCUCAACGGUGACUACGCCCAGCUCAGCCUGCGCAUCCUGUACCUGGAGACCGGGGUGUACGACGUCCCCAUCACCGUCACGGACUCGGGGAACCCGCCCCUGUCCAAUACGUCCAUCAUCAAAGUCAAGGUGUGCCCGUGCGAUGAGAACGGCGACUGCAGCACCAUGGGCGCGGUGGCAGCAGCCGGGCUGGGCACGGGCGCCAUCGUGGCCAUCCUCAUCUGCAUCGUCAUCCUGCUCACCAUGGUCCUGCUGUUCGUCGUGUGGAUGAGGCGGCGGGAGAAGGAGCGCCACACAAAGCAGCUGCUCAUCGACCCCGAGGACGACGUACGUGACAACAUCCUCAAGUACGACGAGGAGGGGGGCGGCGAGGAGGACCAGGACUACGACCUCAGCCAGCUGCAGCAGCCGGAGGCCGUGGAUCACGUGCUGAGCAAGGCCCCCGGGGUGCGGCGGGUGGACGAGCGGCCGGUGGGCGCCGAGCCCCGGUACCCGGCCAGGCCCGCGGUGCCCCACCCAGGAGACAUCGGGGACUUCAUCAGCGAGGGACUCCGGGCGGCCGACAACGACCCCACGGCGCCGCCCUAUGACUCGCUGCUGGUCUUCGACUACGAGGGCAGCGGCUCCAGCGCGGGCUCCGUCAGCUCCCUGAGCUCGUCCAGCUCCGGGAGCCAGGACUACGAUUACCUGAACGACUGGGGGCCCAGGUUCAAGAAGCUGGCGGACCUGUACGCAGGCGGCGAGGAGGAGUAAGCAGCCUCCCCGCCCCGGCGGAACGAGAACAGCGCUCGGACGGACGGACGGACGGAGACAGCGGGCCUUCCCGACUCCCGCGGCCGCGCCACUCGGCCGUGUGUGCGGGGUCCCCGCCCGCCCCCCGCACCGAGCUGUCU